AUGCCUUACGCAUCACGAUCAGACGAGCUGGUUUUCUUCGUGAACGGGAGGAAGGUGAUAGAGAGGAAUGUGGACCCGGAAGGGACCCUGCUGACCUUCCUACGGAAGAACUUACGUCUCACAGGAACCAAGUACGCCUGCGGAAGAGGAGGCUGUGGCGCCUGCACCGUGAUGGUGUCCAAGCAUGACUCCGUGUCCAAGAAGAUAAGACACUUCUCCGUCGCCGCAUGCCUGAUGCCCAUCUGCUCUCUGUAUGGAGCUGCUGUGACCACCGUGGAAGGUGUUGGAAGCAUCAAAACUCAGCUUCAUCCUGUGCAGGAGCGGAUCGCCAAGAGCCACGGCACCCAGUGUGGAUUCUGCACCCCUGGGAUGGUGAUGUCCAUGUACACGCUGCUCAGGAACCACCCACAGCCCUCGGAGGAGCAGCUCAUGGAAGCCCUGGGGGGUAACCUAUGCCGCUGCACUGGGUAUCGGCCAAUAUGUGAGAGUGGGAGGACCUUCUGCCUGGAGGCAAAUAGCUGUCAACAGAAAGGAAAAGGAAAAUGCUGUUUGGAUUGGGGAGAACAUGACUCUUCCCCACUUGGCAAGAAAAAUGAGAUUUGCACGAAGUUAUUUGCAAAAGAGGAGUUUCAGCCCUUGGACCCGACCCAGGAGCUCAUAUUUCCCCCAGAACUCUUGAGGAUGGCAGAGAAUCCAGAAAAACAAACACUGACCUUCUGUGGAGAGAGAGUUACCUGGAUCUCCCCUGGGACCCUCAAGGAUCUCCUGGAGCUGAAAGCGAAACACCCCGAAGCCCCUCUCAUUCUGGGUAACACCUCACUGGGACCUGGAAUGAAAUCUCAAGGGCAUUUUCAUCCAGUUCUCCUCUCUCCUGCAAGGAUCUCUGAGCUGAGUAUGGUGACAAAAACAAGUGAUGGACUGACAAUAGGUGCUGGCUGCAGCCUGGCCCAGAUGCAGGCCAUCUUGGCUGAGAGGAUAUCUGAGCUCCCAGAGGAGAAAACACAGACAUACCGAGCCCUCCUAAAGCACCUGAGGAUUCUGGCAGGCCAGCAGAUCCGGAAUAUGGCAUCCUUAGGGGGGCAUGUGAUGAGCCGGCAUUGCUAUUCGGACCUGAAUCCAAUUCUUGCUGUGGGCAAUUCUACCCUCAAUCUGAUUUCAGCAGAAGGCACGCGGCAGAUUCCUCUAAAUGAACAUUUUCUUGCUGGGUUGGCAAGUGCAGACGUUGAGCCAGAGGAAAUUUUGGAAUCUGUGCAUAUCCCGCACUCUCAAAAGUGGGAAUUUGUGUCCGCCUUCCGACAGGCUCAGUGCCAGCAGAAUGCCUUGCCCCACGUGAAUGCCGGCAUGCGAGUCCUUUUCAAAGGAGGCACAGACAGCAUUGAGGACCUGCACAUUGCCUAUGGAGGAGUGGGGACUGCCACCAUCAGUGCACACAGAUUCUGCCAGCAGCUCCUCGGGAGGCGCUGGAAUGAGCUGAUGCUGGAUGAGGCUUGCAAGCUGCUGCUGGAUGAAGUCUCGCUCCCAGGCUCAGCCCGAGGUGGCCGGGUGGAAUUCAAGAGGACCCUAGUCGUCAGCUUCCUCUUCAAAUUCUACCUAGAAGUUCUGCAGGAACUGAAGAAGCUGGUGAAGUUAUUCUCUGCCUCCGGGUGCUCUUGUGACGGCCGUUAUUCUGAAAUUUCAGAAGGAUUCUUAAGUGCUCUAGAAGAUUUCCCAGUCGCAAUACCCCAGGGAGUCCAAACGUACCAGAGUGUGGAUCCUCACCAGCCUCUCCAAGACCCAGUUGGACGCCCCAUCAUGCACCUGUCAGGUCUUAAACAUGCCACUGGGGAAGCCAUUUUUUGUGAUGACAUUCCUAUGGUGGAUAAAGAACUUUUCAUGGCUUUGGUGACUAGUAACAGGGCUCACGCAAAAAUUAUAUCAAUUGAUGUGUCCAAGGCCCUUGAAAUACCUGGGGUUGUUGAUGUGAUAACAGCUGAAGACAUUCCAGGCACCAAUGGCACUGAAGGUGACAAAUUGCUGGCUGUAGAUGAGGUAAUCUGCGUGGGCCAGAUCAUCUGUGCUGUGGUUGCAGAGACAGAUGUACAGGCAAAACGAGCAACUGAAAAGAUAAAGAUCACCUAUGAAGAUCUGGAACCUGUAAUCUUCACCAUCAAGGAUGCCAUAAAACACAAUUCAUUCCUGUGCCCUAAAAAAAAACUUGAACAAGGAAACAUUGAGGAGGCAUUUGAAAAAGUCGACCAAAUUAUUGAAGAGGUCCAUGUUGGAGGACAGGAACAUUUUUACAUGGAAACACAAAGAGUGCUUGUUAUUCCAAAGACAGAGGACAAAGAACUGGACAUUUAUGUAUCCACACAGGACCUAGCCCACGUGCAGGUGAGUGUCCUCUGCUUUAAACAUCCCCAUCAGCAGGAUCACCUGUCAUGUAAAACGAGUGGGUGGAGGUUUUGGAGGGAAGACAGGAAAGCCAGCUGUAUUCGGGGCGAUUGCGGCUGUGGAACUGGUCAUCCUAUUCGUCUUGUCCUUGAUCGUGAAGAUGAUAUGUUAAUAACUGGAGGAAGGCACCCAUUAUUUGGAAAAUAUAAAGUAGGAUUCAUGAACAACGGGCGGAUCAAAGCUCUAGACAUCGAGUGCUUCAUUAAUGGAGGGUGCACGCUGGAUGACUCUGAGCUGGUAACAGAAUUUCUAAUACUAAAGCUGGAAAAUGCAUAUAAAAUUCACCACCUCAGGUUCCAGGGCCGUGCAUGCAUGACAAAUUUACCAUCCAAUACGGCCUUUCGUGGAUUUGGUUUCCCACAAGGAGCCCUAGUAACAGAAUCUUGCAUCACAGCUGUGGCAGCCAAAUGUGGCCUUCCACCAGAAAAGAUUAGGGAGAAAAAUAUGUACAAAACAGUUGAUAAAACCAUCUACAAUCAAGCAUUCAACCCCGAGACCCUGAUAAGAUGCUGGAAUGAAUGUCUGGACAAGUCUUCCUUUCACAGCAGAAGAAUGCAAGCAGAAGAGUUCAAUAAGAAGAAUUAUUGGAAGAAGAAAGGCAUUGCCAUUAUUCCCAUGAAGUUUUCAGUUGGCUUUGCUGCAACAAGCUAUCAUCAGGCAGCUGCACUGGUUCAUAUCUAUACAGAUGGGUCUGUGUUGGUCACACAUGGAGGCAGUGAGCUGGGACAAGGUAUUCACACCAAAAUGCUACAGGUGGCUAGCCGGGAGUUAAAAAUACCUAUGUCGUAUAUACACAUCUGUGAAACGGGCACAGCAACAGUGCCCAAUACAAUUGCUACAGCGGCAUCCAUUGGGGCAGAUGUCAAUGGCAGAGCUGUGCAGAAUGCUUGUCAGAUCCUUCUGAAACGCCUUGAGCCCAUCAUUAAGAAACAUCCGGAAGGUACAUGGGAAGACUGGAUAGAAGCUGCAUUUGAACAAAGAAUCAGUCUCUCAGCCACUGGAUACUUCAGGGGCUAUAAGGCCUUCAUGGACUGGGAGAAAGGGGUGGGGGACCCAUUUCCUUACUAUGUCUAUGGAGCUGCCUGUUCUGAGGUUGAAAUUGACUGCCUGACAGGUGCUCACAAGAAAAUCAGAACGGACAUCAUCAUGGAUGCGUGUUGCAGCCUCAAUCCGGCCAUUGAUAUUGGGCAGAUUGAAGGUUCGUUUAUUCAAGGAAUGGGGCUUUAUACCACUGAAGAACUGCAAUAUUCCCCAGAAGGUGUCCUGUACUCUCGGAGCCCAGAUGAGUACAAAAUUCCAAUCAUCACUGAUGUCCCGGAGGAGUUCAAUGUCUCCUUGUUGCCAUCGUCACACACCCCACUAACCAUCUAUUCAUCUAAGGGCCUUGGGGAGUCUGGGAUGUUCCUGGGGUCAUCUGUGUUCUUUGCCAUUGCUGACGCUGUGGCCACAGUACGAAGAGAAAGAGGCAUAGCUGAGGACUUCACGGUGCAGAGCCCAGCAACACCAGAAUGGGUCCGAAUGGCCUGUGCAGAUCGAUUCACAGACAUGAUCCCAAGAGACGACCCUAAGACAUUUAAGCCUUGGUCUAUCCCUAUAGCAUAACACUGGUAUUUCCUGAAAGGUGUUUCAGUUUUUCACAAGUAAAAAGAUGGCUUGUUAAUCCUAAAGGGGUUCCAAACUGAUACUCUUAUACCCUUGCAGAACAAAAUAGACAUAAUUUAGAAACAUUAUCCAACUCUGAUUAUAUUAACCCAAUGAAUCAUUAUUUACAAAGUAUUUUACUUAGACUUUCCAGCCUAGAAGCCACGAGCAAAGCACUGCUAUAUCCACAGCAAGCAAGUUUAAUGCUGAUUUGUUUCUGAAAAGAUCAUAUAAACAUUGAUGUAAAAGCAAAUUUUUCCUUUCUGUGUCCAUCCAAUCUAACUGGACUGGUAAUACAGUUGUGAUCAUUGAAUGAACAACACUUCUUGGUAGAUAAAUAUAUGAUGAUUUUCCCAGUGUAUUUGAUUCAGUAACCACAAGAGAGUUCUGCAAGUUUUGUUUUGCCAUGGAUCAGCCAUAGGUCUAUGUACGUGCAUUUGACAGCAAAGGAGUGGUAUUUCCCUCAUGUAGAUCUACCAUUCAAUUGAUUAACAUUCUUUUGGAUUGGAAGAAGGAGAUAAAGCAAUAUAAAAAGUUUGCCUUACCAUGUGUAUUAUUUUAAAUGACAGUAAAUACAAUUGCAUUUUUUUCUUAGAAUUUGGUCAGUUGGAGAUAAGGAUGGUUACUGGGUAUUUAUUUUCCAUUUGUCAUAGUUGAAAACUAUAAAGCACUAAAAAUAGAGGGGCUUGAAUAAAAAUUAUUUCUGUGAAUUGAUGCAGUAAAAUCUGG